CAGGAUUGGUCGCGCAGCUUGUACUUAUGCUAACUUCUACCUACUAGAGGGCAGGUUUAAUACAACUUUCGAAGGACCAAGAUCUAGAUUAUGGUGCGAGGAACGGGGGGCAUAUUAUCUUGCGGGUCGAUCUGCGUGGGAGGCCUUCUCUUAGCGUUCGCGGCGUUGUUGUUGUCGCAGCUCCGCGUAGGGCAGUUCGACGUGGCCCUUGUAUCGCAAACGCAGCAAUCAAAAUCAUGGUCCUCCAACGACUGUAGUUCUUCUUGUAACGAGAAGAAACAGAAAAGAUACGUCGACGAGAUGAAAGAUUCGAUCCCGUUCAAAGAGGGUUUUGAUGGACCGUCAUUGGCGAGCAAGACUGUAUCAAUCAAGAUCGGCACCCUUGGGCAGUCUUACCACCGCCCUGGCCAAAGCGACUAUCUGCUCACGUUUGAUCCCUUCGACCGAUUCCAGAACGCGAGUCUAGGUGGCAGUGUUGGGGGAGAAAGGCUACCCUACGUUGUUUCCGAUUACAUGGGAAUGUUGACCUUUUCCAGCAAUCACGAUGUUCCAGGUUGCAGCACUAUCAAUCAAAUAAAUUGGCACUUCAAAGUGGAGCACAGCCUAGAAGCCGCGGCUUACUGGAAGUCUGCUCCCAAUUCCUCUGCGCUAUCCCCCGAGAGAAGAAAAAAACUUCUUGCGAACGACCCACUACAGAACGAUGGGCAGCAUCCCUAUUUCAGUGGUUGCUUUCAUCCGAAGCGGUUCACAAAGCAGAAGGUGAAAGCUAUCCAACUCUCCAAGUUCUUGAGCCAACGAAGAGUGAAGAAAAUCGACAAACUCCACAUUGACGCACAAGGGAAUGACUGGACAGUGAUCAAAGACGUUCUAGAAAACUACGCACUAGCAAACCUAGAAGAACCAAUUAGGGAGAUUCAGAUGGAGUGUCAAUACUACAGUCGAACGAUCGCGCCGUUCUACUACGCCUCCAACGACUGCGAUGAUAUUCGGCAAUAUAUGAGUUUUCGCUUACCGAAACACAAGUUUUCGCAGACAUGGAACACGGGAAAUGGGGCUGCCGAGUACAAUGUCUUUUUUCGUUCUUCUUGAAGAGAUAGUACUAGAGUAAUCCAAGACUCCAGAAAGAUACGUUCUCGAGCUAGUAAAAGUAAUUCGCGCAAGACGAGGAGGCAAUUAGGAGGAAAAAUGGGACGAUGUAUCGGGACCAUGCACGAAGAUGAACCAUUUACAUUCAGACUCACACGCGACGCGACACCAUUUUUAGACUACAGUUGUCAGAUGAACGUGGUGAAAUAAACUUCUUCAAAAAUGAAGAACAGGCCAAGGCCUAAGGCACGACUAAACCACUGAAAGAGCCCCUUCACUUAUCGCAACUUCUUUCUUCAUCUUCCUUCUUGAUGUACCAAAAGGAGUGCGAUCGACCAAGUCCGUGAAGUGUAAGACUUCUCUGCGCCCACCCCAGCUAGUGCGUUUUUGAUCAUCCUAUAAUCGGCAGGUUCGUAGGCAAUUAGUGCACUGGUGAUAUCAGGAGGUUGAUGCACUCCACCUGCUGCCAGUUUGGGAACUGGAAAAAACUAAGACCACUUUUCUAGCAGCCCCCGAAUACGAAAAAAGAUUGGCCGAAGACUUUGAAUUUGAAAGUUGAAAUUUGCGGUGGUGUUGAUUUUUGAUUGCUG